CGUUGGCUUAAGCACUUGAAACUUGACACAGCGAUAAAAAGAAUAAAAAAACACCAACGAUUUAGUUUCAGUCUAUAACAGAAAACCAUCAACACAAUGGCCACAACUCAACCAUGGUGUGGCAAAAACUUUAAGCCUCGAGUAUUUGAAAAACAUCCUCCCACCUUGUGCUAUGAUAAACCCGCAGCGGCUCAAGUAGCCAAAUCACAAUAUGAUGAUAUGCGUUAUCAGGCCAUAAUGGGUGAGAUGAUUGAAUCCGUGGUGGUGCCCAAACGUUCAGCUCGUACUUGGACCAUGCAAGAGGGCGAUUUGUGCCGUAUAACCGUCUGUGAAGGUUCCCAGGUGGGUGAUUUGAAUUUUUGGAAUUUGGAAAAUACCCAAGAACGCUUCUAUUCGGGCAAAACACGUCAACUACACAGUACCCAUCUGAGAGUGUAUGAUCGUCUAUGGAGUUGUAUGCCCUAUCUUAGGCCCAUGGCCACAUUUGUUUUUGAUUCAUUGGCUGCCUAUGGCAUAGAUGAGGAUGGAGGGGCUUUACAUGAUGUCAUAGGGACACGAUGUGAUGAUUAUACCUAUAAACUGAUAACCGGAAAAGAUCGCAUUGGUAGCUGUCACAGUAGCUUGGUGCAAGCUGUGGUCAAUGAGCGUGCAAUGUGUGAGGCUGAUGUUCAUGAUGUGUGGAAUAUUUUCAUGUGCACUGGUUUUACCAGAGAUACUCACCAAUAUUUCUGCAAACCAAGUCCGGCCCGUAAAGGUGAUUACAUUGAGUUUAUAGCUGACAUGAAUCUAUUGGUUGCUCUAAGUGCUUGUCCCCAAGGUGAUGUCUCCAUACCAGUUGGCCAAGAAGUUCCCGAUGCGAAAUGUCAUCCUUUAAAAGUGGAAAUAUUUAGAAAGAAAAAUUAAGAAAAAAAAAAAAAAAACAAAAAAAAAUUUUUCUUCGACCGUGACAGGACUCGAACCUGCAAUCUUCGGAUUCGAAGUCCGACGCCUUAUCCAUUAGGCCACACGGUCAUGUUGUAAACCCUUAGAUAUAAAUGAAUGUAAACGACACAAAAUAUCCUUGUUCAAGGACAUUACAGCACAAAGCAAAGCCUUUAAGGGUGGUUUUUCUGCCCGUGGUUUGUUAUUUCUUUAGUCAUACGGGGAUGGUAUAACACAACACGUUCGCAUUAUUGUAGCAUGUUAUCAAAAUAGAUAUAAGCUAAAAGUGUUAUAUAGUAUAUGUUUACAUGUAAGUAAGAAUACAUUUAUAUUGCGAGUAUUUAUAAGGCUUGGAUAAAACCGGUUCGAUGGGAAUAUUGUAAAAUAUAUUAAAAUUUGCCAUUUACAA